AUGUCCUCACCAAUCGCAAACGGUGCCAUUGUCACCUUCACCAAUCUUGGCUCGCGUACUUGUAUUGACCUCGCUGGCGGCAAUUCUGGCAACGGCGUAGCCAUUUCUGGGUGGAAGUGUCAUGGUGGAAGUAACCAGAAAUGGCAACUUCAGCAGGUCGGCAAGACUGGCCCCUGGCCCGUUUACAUGAUCAAGAAUCAGUAUUCUGGAACUUACAUGGACCUUUACCUCGGUGGUACGGCUGACGGGACGCCAAUCUAUGGGUGGCAGGGGAGCAAUACCGCCGGGUCCGGCAACCCCCAUCAACGCUGGAGAUUUGUCACUGGUGAUCCUCAGAAUGGGAAUGUCGUCUUGAUCGAGAACAUUGGCGCCGGCACAUAUGUCGACCUCUACCUUGGAGGCGUGGCGAAUGGAACUGGGAUCAACGGCUGGUCUCUUGCAGGCGACUUGAGCUCUGGCAAUCCGCACCAGCAGUGGACGGUCACCGUGACCCAAUCUUGA